AUGGGUUCCCCUUCGAGAGAAUCACACUCAUUAGAUGGACUACCCCCCUUUGUAGUAGGUGGAGCCGUCUUUAACUAUCAAUACCAUUCCAAUCCUCAAUCAUUACCAGUCGAAGACAUCUUACAGCAUGCAUUUGAAUUAGGUUACAAUGCCAUUGACACAUCGCCAUAUUAUGGGCCAUCAGAAGAAAUUUUAGGCCAUGCAUUGUCCAAGCUAAAUGUACCUCGUGACUCAUACUAUAUAUGUACUAAAGCUGGCCGAAUCAAACUUGAUGAAUUUGAUUAUUCACGUAGUCUGGUACGCCAAUCGGUAUUACGAUCUUUACAACGAUUACAAACUACAUAUUUGGAUUUGGUGUAUAUGCAUGAUAUCGAAUUUGUUACGAUAGAUGAAGUGAUUGAAGCAUUAAAAGAGUUGCAAAGUUUGAAAAAUGAAGGUGUUAUUAGGAACAUUGGCGUUUCGGGGUAUCCUAUCCAUUUUCUUUAUGCCGUUGCUGUUAAAUGGAAACAGGUUAAUGGAGGAGUUCCAUUAGACGCAGUAAUGUCGUAUUGUCAUGGAUGUAUUCAGAAUAAUACACUUUUCGAUUUCGUCACCAAAUUGAAAACCGAUGCUGGUGUUGACAAAAUCAUGAAUGGUCUGAUUUUGUCCAUGUCGCUAUUACGUUCAGAACCAACACAUUCAUUUCAUCCCGGAAGCGAUGCAUUGAAACGGAGGGUUGAUGAAUUGGCUACACAGUUGAAAGUGGAAAAUGAAGUAGAGUUGGCUGAGUUAGCCACGAAAUAUGCCAUUUGUGAGUGGGUAAUUAAGAGGAAACUGAGUAUUGUUUUGGGAGUUUCUACUUUACAUGAAUUAAAUGUAGCUAUUGAGGCAUUUGAGUUGUUGAAGAAGAAUGAUGGAUUGAAUGAAACUGAUGAAAAGUUGAUUGAGCACUUUCAAGCUAAUUUGGGUGACCACUUUAAUGAAACUUGGCCAAGUGGGCUUCUGUAG